CAUUGCUGUCUCUCUGCCCACAGGCGGGACCCUGAAGACCCUGGAGGAGGCUGACGCCGAGUCCCUGCAAGCGGCGUGGUGGGCCGGGGACCCCUCCGAGCUGCCGCUGCGAGCCCCAGACAUCCUGCCCUUGCUGGACCUCGCCGCUCGCUACCGCCUCAGCCCCCCGCACCCCCCCACGCUGCCACAGGAGCUGCCCUGCGCCCUGCUCUGCUUGCGGCUCCUGGUGGCCUUCGCCAACGAUGCCGGGGACCUUUGGGUGUUGCUGGGCACGGCCGGGACCCCCCACCUGCCCGUGGUGGCCUGCGGCACGUCCCCGGCUGAGCUCCGCGGGGGUCUCCGCCUGCCCGUGCUGCAGCUGCUGCUGGACUGCCUGCCGCCCGACCCCCACCCGGGACCCCUGGGGCUGCUGGGGCUGCAGCACCGGGCUGGGGGUCCCGGGGGGGCCGCCGGCGUUUGUUUCAACAUGCUGCUG